CCUCCCGCGGGCGCGGCGGGCCGCCUGGCUGGCUACCCAGAGUGCAGCAGGCAGGCGGCGGCAGGCGGCGGCCGGCACCGAGCUGCCGGCGCUCUCCCGGCCCGCCGGCGCAGCGGGAGCCGGGCCCAGGCGGCGGCGCGGCCCAGAAUGCGAGUGUGAGAUGCUUCUCCCGGCAGCGGCGCCCCGGGCCCAGGCGGCGGCGGCCCCCGCGUGGAUGCGGCUCUGGAGCCGGCGCUUCGCCCUCCACAAACAUUUCUAUAGGACUCAUUCGCCCUGCUGAGGAGAUCGGCCCGGCCCGGCCCGGCCGCCUCUUCCCCUCGCUGCCCCCUCCGCGCCGCGGAGCGGCUCCGCCAGAGACCGCCGGCCCGGCCCGGCGGGCAUGGAGGCCCCCGGCGGCGCCUCGCCGCUCAGCCCCGAGCUGGUGGGCCGCCUCCGCCAGGAGCACCAGAAGGUGGUCAGUAGCUGCCAAGAGAAAAUCCAGCACUGGAAGAAGGUGGAGAGCGAUUAUGAGGCUCUUCAGGAACGACUCAGUACGUUGCCCGAUAAACUGUCCUACGAUAUCAUGGUACCUUUUGGUCCUCUUGCCUUCAUGCCAGGAAAACUUGUCAACACCAACGAGGUUACUGUUCUGCUUGGGGACAAUUGGUUUUCAAAAUGCUCAGCAAAGCAGGCGGUUGCACUGGUUGAGCACAGAAAAAAACAUGUAAGGAAAGCACUGGAUGAUUUGGAAAAAGUCAUGAAGAAUUUUGAAUCACGAGCUGAAUUCACAGAAGAUUUGCAGAAAAUGAGUGAUGCUGCAGGUGAAUUUGUUGACAUAAGAGAAGAAAUUGAAGAUGACAGCAUUGAAACAAAAGGAAAGUACCGAACUGCUCACAAGCCUCAUUCAAAACCAAAAGUAUCGGACGUUUUUGAAGUUGAUUUUCCAGCAAGUGGAAGUGAUACGAAAUCAAAGGGCUGUUUUCAGUCAGAGGAGGAACUGUGGGCCCGCUUAGAAGAGCUCGAGAGACAAGAGGAGAUACGUGGUGAACUUGACAGGAUGCCUGAUACAGUUGAGACAAAUGGAGAAGAUACAACCUCCUCUGAAGAGGAGAAAGAAGACAAGAGGACAGAUCUGAAUGGGACAUGUGGAGCAGAAGACUGUAUUACUCAGGGCAACUUCCAUAAAGAAGUAACAAAUGCAGACUUGUUCAGUGGCCGAGUUAAUGGCACCACUUACUAUCACAGUGAAGAUGAAGAUGACACAGAUGCUGGAGAUAGCUCUGUUCCAACCAUUUUUUUCUCACACACGGUUGAGCCUAAAAGGGUAAGAAUAAACACAGGAAAAAAUACUACUUUGAAAUUCAGUGAAAAGAAAGAAGAGGCCAAGCGUAAAAGGAAGAACAGCAACGGCAAUGGCCAUGUAACUCCAGAGCUGCCCAACAUCAAAACCCCAGCAGACAUUUACCGAGUCUUUGUUGAUGUUGUGAAUGGAGAAUAUGUCCCUCGUAAAUCAAUUUUGAAGUCUCGAAGCAGAGAGAACAGUGUUUGUAGCGAUACCAGUGAGAACAGUGCUGCUGAGUUUGAUGACAGACGGGGAGUUCAGAGGAGCAUUAGCUGUGAUGAAGCGACGCAGAGUGACACCAGCGAAGGCAGGCUGGACCAGGAGGAGGAGGAGGGGCAGCAGCAGCCGCCGAAAAAGCUUCCUCCCUCUUCAGGGACAACCGAGGCAUUUUCUGGAACUGUUAUAGAAAAGGAGCCUUUGUCUCCCUCCUUAAUACCACACCCGGUCAUUGCUCACCCGGUCCUGCCGACCAUUCUGGAGCGAAAAUCAGAGGAAGUUUUGUCCGACGCACCAGAAGAAGCUCCAAAGAGGAUUUCAAAAUUCAAAGCUGCCAGAAUGCAACAGACUAACUAGGUCUGGCCUGGCCAGCCGGAGCCGGACUACUCAGGCCUGUUUUCACGUUUGUUGAGGUUCUGUAAAACUGUAUGCGUAAAACCUAGCUAGUUAACAGGGUGUCCUGUGUUCAUUUGGCAUUGGUUAUUUUUUUUUUUAACUUUUUUGGUUUUUUGUUUGUUUGUUUGUUUUUUUAGCAAAUUAAAAAAAAAUGUUCAGUGUUCGAACACUUGAAUGUUCAUCUUAUUUUCUCUUCUUUCCCUGUGUGCUGUCAGCACCUUGGUAUAUGUUUGCCUUAUGAUAGCAGCACUUGGGUUCUUUUUCAAAAACUGUUCCUCACAUACAUUGGUUUUGUGUUUAAACCUAAACACAGGCAGUUUUCUGCCAGCUGUGAUGUUCUACAUACCAUAUGGGCUGUUUUAAGGAAACUUUUCACAUUGCAGAUAGAUUCGCCAGUUAUAUUGCAUUCCUUGCUUUAGCAUUUUAAGACACACUUGUAUUCACAUUGUUGUAGGUUUUGCAACUAGGUGUCUGCUACAAGUUUUUUUCCUUCUUUCAAACCUCUCUGAUAUCUCACUGUACAGAUCUAUAAAAUGCUGGGUUCAUGUACAUUGCAGGGAAGUUUCUUUGAUGGAAAAGGGUAUUUUGUAAAAUUAAAUUUUCAGUAAAAAAGCUGUGAAAGUUG